ACCCCCCUCGGACCACGUGACAGGGGUGGCGCACGCUAGGCGCUUCUCCCCCCGCACGUGACGGCGGCGCGCCGCUUGCUGCCAGCUUGCUUACUUUUCGGGAGGGGGGGGCUUCAGACGUGCGCCGCCGCCGUCGUCGAUCCUCUGCACCCAGCCGACGGGCGGAUGUGACGUUUUGGGCCACUUGGUUGCUGCGCAGUUCUCCAGAGAAGAGCGAGAGAGAGACGGGGAGGCGCAGCCGGGGCGAGGGACUUGUGCUUGCGGUAACUCCAGGCGGCAUUAGCCCCUGUCCAGGCUCGGCCCCCUCCCGCCUCAGGCCCCGAGAGCGAGAGAGCGACCGCCGGGCCGGGGCCGCCACCGCGACCAAACGCCGCAGUUCGGUAUGUAAAAAUGAGAUGAGCAAAAAUGGGAAGAUUAAAAAAUGGAGGAAAAAAAGAAACAUAUUUUCAGUUACAGUAAUGAGGAUCAAGCUAUAUGUUAAGCACACAGAUUAAUAUACAUUAGUGAAAUCAUGAAUCCUGUUUAUAGUCCUGGAUCUUCUGGGGUACCCUAUGCAAAUGCCAAAGGAAUUGGUUAUCCAGCUGGAUUCCCAAUGGGCUAUGCAGCUGCUGCUCCUGCCUACUCUCCUAAUAUGUAUCCUGCAGCAAAUCCUACAUUCCAAACAGGUUAUACACCAGGCACACCAUAUAAAGUCUCUUGUUCACCCACCAGUGGUGCAGUGCCUCCCUACUCUUCUUCACCCAAUCCCUACCAAACUGCAGUGUAUCCGGUUCGAAGUGCCUAUCCACAGCAGAAUCCAUAUGCACAGCAAGGCACUUACUACACACAGCCUUUAUAUGCAGCACCACCCCACGUAAUUCAUCACACUACAGUUGUGCAGCCUAAUGGAAUGCCGGCAACUAUGUAUCCAGCUCCAAUUCCACCGCCCAGAGGAAAUGGUGUCACUAUGGGAAUGGUGGCUGGGACCACAAUGGCAAUGUCAGCAGGUACCUUGUUGACAACACAUUCCCCCACUCCGGUAGCCCCACACCCAGUUACAAUGCCCACUUAUCGGGCCCCGGGAACUCCAACUUAUAGCUAUGUGCCCCCUCAGUGGUGAUUACCACACAGUGUUUGAAGAUGGGAGAUAUGCAAUCAAGUAACUGAGGUUUAAAAGUUGGUGCUGAAGCCCUCAUGCCUCCAACCAGGACUUACUUCUUCUGAACGCUUGCAACCCUUUGCUAAACACUAAUUUCAGAUCACUGAAAAUUUCCCAGUUCUGCAUAUCUUACAUCUUGGAACUCCAACAGUUAGUCUUAAAUCAAAUCCUGUUUUGUGGACUGUCUUGCAAUUUUUAGCUAAUUAUAAUGAUUAAAGGGAGUAUAAAUUCAUUGAUCAUAUCUAGUUGAAUGCAUGUCUAAAACUCACAGAGCUUGCUCAAUCUACUUGCUGUGACUGAUGCAAAAAAAUGUCAUAUGCAAAAUCCAAAGGCGCCGAAAAGUAUUUUACAAUUUGUAUCACUAAUGCACUGUUGUAAUGUAUGCAGGGUCAUAAGAGGUAGAAUUGUGACAGUGAAUUUUUCAUAGGUAUACAUUAGCAAGUGCUUUAACCUUUUAAGGUUGAUGAAGGCACCAGUUAAAGGGGGCACAGUUAAGUGAUAUUUUCCCUUCCUAGUUCAGUGACUAGAAAAUGAGUUUGUAGUUUGUAGAAAUCUUACAGAACAUCAGUUUACCAUGCAUACCUUUUCCCUUUCCAUUAUUUGCAUUCAGUGUUAAUAUGAACAUUUUAAGGCCAAUAAUGAAAAUUUAUGAGGAAUGUGUAAUCAGUGGGAAGGGACCAGCUUUUCUUGCUCUCUAAAUCAUCAGGACAUAUUUAUGUCAAGGCAGUGUUAGACUGAAUCAUCCAUGAGAUGGUCUGCCUCCUAAAAGAAUCAAUUUUAAAGGACUGAUAUGCUUUGAAGAUAUCUCCCCACUGAUGAUAGAAUCCAAUUUCUCUUUAUUUCAGGCCCUAGUCAGCAAACAAAAUUGCAGUUUGAGCCAUCUUGCUUUUGUGAAACAUACUAGUGUCAAUUUUUCUGAGUCAGUAGGAAGGGAUUUAGUAGUAUGUUCUGAAGAAACUUUCCAUGUUUGAAAUAUAAGGGGAACAAACAAUUUAAAUCAUUUUAUAGACUUGUUUUCCUUGUAGCAUGGAUUGUGAACAAAGUGUAAGUAGGAACUGUCAAGAUUUCAAAGUUUUCACAUAACAAAAAGUAUGGAAAAUGAAGUGAUCAAGUGCAAAGCUAUUAACUGGUAAUAGUAUUUUGGCAUUUUAUUUGCCAUAUGCUUUUUACCUUCUAAAUUGAAGUUGAAGGAUGUGAAUUAAAAAAGCAGAUACAGUAUUGCAUUGCAGUGAACCACAUCUGAACUCUUUGCUUACAGCUUCGAGUUUUUAUAGAAGUACCUCAGUCAACGUUGUGGGGAUAUAGGGCUAGUCUUGGAACCCGUUUGUGUACUGAAUUUAUUAUGGCUUUAAGUUUUAGUGUCAGUGCUAAAAGCAAUCAAGGGCUUUCUUUAAAUUGGCAAUGUUUAGGAGAACAAUAAUGGGCCAUUAUUUUCCCAGUAUUUUCCACCUGCAAUAAAUUUUGCAGUAAGUGGUUCUAAAAAAUUCCCCUUAAAGCUGAUAUUUGUAUGCUAAUUUAUAGUGUUCAUAUAGAAUUCACAGUCCCUUUUUUGUAAUUGUGAGAUUGAGUAUGCAUCUGCUUUACUUUUGGAGAGAACAGUUUAAAAAUCAGAUUUAGCUACUUCAUAUCACUCAUGCUGAUGCUAAUGCUGCCAUCCUGUGUUUUCCUGGGAUAGCAGACUUCUGCACCUCACAUCCCAGUUAGCCUUGAUGACUUAUUUUUUUUUAACAAUAAACAGAUUUUUUUUAACUUAUAAGUUUUUAUAUUUUCUAUGGAUUGUCAUUCUAAAUGACCCCCCCCCAUUGAAAUGCCUUUAGCACAACAAAAAUAAAAACACUUAAUUUUAAUCUUGAGCACUUGUU